AUGGUUGAUUUUGCAAAGUGUGUGGAGGACUGUGGAUUGAUAGAAUUGCCUCAUCAUGGUAGUGAAGAAAUUGAAACUAUUGAAAAGAAGUCUGAAGAAGUUGAAUCUCCAAAUGACAUAGUAAAGAGAGUAGACCAGAAUAGGGAGAUGCUAAAGAAGGCUCAAAAGUUGCUACAAGAACAACAUCUUAAUCUGGAGAUUCAGAAAAUGGAAAGGGACAGUUCUGCACAAUUUAAACAUAUCUCACACCUUGCAGAGAUGUAUUUGCAGCAACAAAGCAAAGUUACAUGGUUGAAGUUAGGGGAUGACAACACAAGAUAUUUCUUCUCAGAGAUAAAACAUAGAAGAUUAAAAUUGGCAACUACUCAAUUGAAAGAUGAGAGUGGACAAUGGCAAACUGACCAAGCAAAUAUAGCACAAAUUUUUUUGAAUUACUACAAGAAGUUAUUAGGAGAGAAAACAACAUCCAAAAUUCAAGCACAAAGGGUGGUACUGCAAAAUGGGAAUGUCCUUGGAAUAAAUCAUCAAAUGAAGCUAAUUGAGCCAUUCACUGAAGUUGAUGUCAAGCAAGCCAUGUUUAAGAUAGACAAUACAAAAAGCCCUGGUCCUGAUGGUUAUGGUAGUGGCUUCUUUAAAGAGGCAUGGGAAACAGUAGGUGGAGAUAUAACAGAAGCAGUCUUGGAGUUCUUCCAGAAUGGGCACCUACUGAAGCAAGUGAAUGCCACUAACAUUGUACUCAUUCCAAAAGUGGAGGCACCAGAGCAGAUUGAUCUAAAGAAGGCAUAUGAUAUGGUGAGCUGGGAAUUUCUAGAGGAAGCUCUGCAAGGGUAUGGAUUUCCACAAAAAAUCAUCAGAUGGAUCAUGAUAUGUGUGUCAACUCCCAAAUAUACUAUUAAAAUUAAUGGGGAAGGCUAUGGAUAUUUUGAGGGAAAAAGAGGACUGAGACAAGGGGACCCUGUAUCUCCUUUACUAUUUGUACUAGUUAUGGAGUACCUCUCAAUGCUGCUGAAGAGUAUGUCAUAUCUGCCAGAUUUUAAAUUCCAUCCUAUGUGCAAAGAUAUCAGAUUAAACCACUUGGUGUUUGCAGAUGACUUAAUGAUCUUCUGUAAAGGAGAUAUUAAAUCUACUGCAAGAGUUAUGGAAGCUUUGUUACAUUUCAGUGCUACCACUGGGAUUGUGGCCAAUAUGGAGAAGUCUAGUCUAUUCUUAGCAGGUGUGACUGACAAUAUGCAGGAGCAGCUCCUGGCAAUUACUGGAUUCACACAAGGAGUUUUUCCUAUUAGAUAUCUGGGACUCCCACUCACAUAA